AUGAUUUUUCUCUUGUUUCUUCUGACCCCGUUGGCCUGGGCGCUGUCCUCGGCCCUGGCAGACUCCAGAACGCUCGUGGUGUACGACACAAGACUGCCCGAGUUUGAGUCGCAGUACUCGAAGCUCUUCCAGACGCUCAGGGACAGAGACCUCCAGCCUGAGCUGGCACUGGUGGGUCCCGAGUCUGAGCCUCUCGAGCUGUACAGAAACGGCUACAGACGGUACCAGAACCUGCUGAUCCUGCCGACGACCGCCAGGGACCUCGUCGACACCGACAUGCUGCUCAAGUUCACCCAGGACGGCGGCGACGUGUUUGUGGUGUCUGACAACACGGGCCUCCAGACCGACGUCGUGCUGUUCCUGAACGAAUUGGGCAUCUAUCCAAGCCCAAAGGGCUACAAAUACAUUGACCACCACAACGGCGACACGCUGGAAGCGCCAGACGUCCUGAACAAGGUUGUGUUGCACACGGAAAAGCCAGUUGCAUACAAAGAUGGCUCUGUCGCGUUGCUCUCGAAUAACGAGUUUCUGGUGCCUGUUGUGCGCGCUCCGCGCACCUCAUACACCUUUAACGUGGACGAGGGCCGUGUCAAUGCCGAUUCCACGUGGCACUCCGGCUCCCAGGGCUAUCUGUUCGUCGGACUGCAGGGCCUGAACAACGCUCGUGUUUUCUGGACCGGCUCGGCAGCCAGCUUCAAAGACGAGUCUUUCAACGAGGAGCUCGUGACAGAUUUGAUAAACUGGACGUUCCAGAUCUCUGGACUCAUCAAGGCUACGUCUGUGACACAUUACAACGAAAAUGGAGAUUCCGGAUACAAAAUCAAAGACACAACAACGUUCGAGAUCGGCGUGUCGCAGUGGGACGGCGAAAAAUGGGCCCCAUUCACAGAUUGCCAAGAUCUUCAACUGGAGUUCGUUAUGCUAGACCCAUACUAUAGACUCACGCUUGCUCCCAAGCGUGUGGAGAACUCGUCGCAGAUCUACGGCACCACGUUCCAGAUCCCAGAUCAGCACGGCAUGUUUACGUACAAGGUGCUCUACCAGCGUGAGGGAUACAGCUUCAUCGACGAGAGCGUGACCGUUCCUGUGCGCCAUCUCGCCAACGACGAGUACCCGCGGUCUUGGGAGAUCACCAACUCGUGGGUGUAUCUGAGCAGUGCUCUUGCAGUCAUGGUGGGGUGGUUUGUUUUCUUGGUGGUGUUUGUCUAUUCAGGAAACAAAAAGCUCGGCAAAGAAAAGACAAAUUGA